CACACUGCUCCCCGCCCCUUCCUUUCCCCCUGAUAUUUUCAGACUGAAAGAGACGUCGCGGGGGCUCGGGGGAUCUUCAGGCCCCGGCCACCCGGGACUCGGCCACCAUUCCGUGCUGCAGGGACAAAAUGGCCCCGGAGGACGACGCCGGCGGGGAGGCCCCCGGGGGCAGCUUCUGGGAGGCCGGGCACUACAGGCGGACGGUCCAGCGUGUGGAGGAUGGCCACCGGCUCUGUGGGGAUCUGGUCGGCUGCUUCCAGGAACGCGCCCGCAUCGAAAAGGCCUAUGCCCAACAGCUGGCUGACUGGGCUCGCAAGUGGAGAAGCACCGUGGAGAAGGGCCCCCAGUAUGGUACGCUGGAGAAGGCCUGGCACGCCUUCCUGACGGCGGCCGAGCGGCUGAGCGUGCUGCACCUGGAAGUGCGGGAGCUUCUGCAGGGCGAGGACAGCGAGCGUGUGCGGGCCUGGCAGCGGGAGGCCUUCCACCGGCCUGUGCUGGGGGGCUUCCGGGAGACCCGGGCCGCCGAAGAUGGCUUCCGCAAAGCCCAGAAGCCCUGGGUCAAACGGUUAAAGGAGGUGGAGACGACGAAGAAGAGCUACCACUCGGCCCGGAAGGAGGAGAAGACGGCGCAGACGCGGGAGAGCCACGCCCGGGCCGACGCCGCCGUGUCCCAGGAGCAGCUGCGCAAGCUGCAGGAGCGCGUGGAGCGCUGCGGCAGGGAGGCCGAGAAGGCGAAAGCCCAGUACGAGCAGACGCUGGCGGAGCUGCACCGCUACACGCCGCGCUACAUGGAGGACAUGGAGCAGGUGUUCGAGAGCUGCCAGGCCGCCGAGCGCCAGCGCCUGCUCUUCUUCAAGGACAUGCUGCUCACCCUGCACCAGCACCUGGACCUCUCCACCAACGACAGGUUCAUCGCGCUGCACCGGGAUUUGCACCAGGACAUCGUGGCGGCCAGCGACCAGGAGGACUUGCGCUGGUGGCGGAGCACCCACGGGCCGGGCAUGGCCAUGAACUGGCCACAGUUUGAGGAGUGGUCCCUGGACACCCAGCGGACCAUCAGCCGCAAAGAGAAGAACAACCGGACCCCCGAUGAAGUGACCUUAACCAGCAUCGUUCCCACGCGGGAUGGCACGGAACCCCCUUCCCAGCCGGGGUCACCGGGGUCUCCACGGAGCCAGCAGGAAGAGGAAUGGUCGGAUGAGGAAAGCCCUCGGAAGGGGACCGCUGGCGUGCGAGUGCGAGCGUUAUAUGACUAUUCGGGCCAGGAGGCUGAUGAGCUCAGCUUCCGAGCAGGCGAGGAGCUGCUGAAGAUGAGCGAAGAGGACGAGCAGGGCUGGUGCCAGGGCCAACUUCAGAGCGGGCGCGUCGGCCUCUACCCCGCCAACUACGUUGAGUGUGUGGCGGCCUGAUCCGCGCUGCCUCUGGGACCUCUCUCCGCCUCCUGUUCCCAAUCCUCCCAACCCUCUCCUCUUUCCAUCCCAGGACAGCAUUCGGAUGACGUUCCCGCCGCCUCCGGAAGACCCCCCCCGCCACCCCCUUACUCCUCCUCUCCGGGGCUAGGGCUGCGCCACCUCCGCCCUGGUGACGGGGCGGGAAUUCUUGGCACGCCCUGGAAAAUCAUCAGCAUCAUCAAUCGUAUUUAUUGAGCGCUUACUGUGUGCAGAGCACUGUACUGAGCGCUUGGGAAGUACAAGUUGGCAAGUUGGCGAAGGGUAAGACUGGCACAGGGAACGGCUGCUCCGGGGCGGGAGCGCCCGCUCUGUCUUCCAGACCCGAGAUCCCCCUUUUAGACUGUGAGCCCACUGUUGGGUAGGGACUGUCUCUAGAUGUUGCCAAUUUGUACUUCCCAAGCGCUUAGUACAGUGCUCUGCACACAGUAAGCGCUCAAUAAAUACAAUUGAUGAUGAUUGAUGAUGGCCGGCUCGGGGACUUCCUCUCUUGGAGGUCGGAGAAGGGUAGUUCUCACUCUGCAGGUCCCCUUUUAGGCGCCGCUGGUUCCUAAUGCGCAUUAAACUCGUAAAGAAACUCA